CUCCCGUUCAGUUCUGCUUUAUUCUCAUUUCCGAUCUUCCCAUCACCAAGGAAAAUGGCGGCCACGCUCUUCCGUCGGCUGGCGAGAGCCGCCGUCCCUACUGCUGCCUCUCCUGGCGGAGGAUCAGGAGGAGGAGGAGGAGGCUAUUCCCGGUCAAUGUUCAGUAGGUUCGGUUUCCCCCUCGGCGCGAUUGCGGCCGUUUCUGGAAUCUCAUACAUCGGCAGUGGCGACGCUUCUCCUUCGUUGACGCUUCAUGGAUUGGUUCACCUGGAGGAAGCGAAAGAAGAGGAUGGUCCGAAAGUUGCUCUCGAUCCGAAGAAAUGGACUGAAUUCAAGCUUCAAGACACUGCAACUGUUAGUCACAAUACUCAUCUGUACAGGUUUACUUUUGAUCCUUCUAAGGAGCUUGGUUUGCAUGUUGCUUCGUGCCUCCUUACAAGGUAUCCAGAGACGAGUGCUGAUGGAAAAACUAAAUAUGUAAUACGCCCGUACACUCCCAUAUCAGAUCCAGCUGUUAAGGGACACUUUGACCUAUUAAUCAAGUUCCAAAAAUUGCUGCAGACUUAUCCUGACGGGAAAAUGAGUCAGUAUCUGGCCAGCUUGAAGCCUGGUGAUGUUAUCGAGGUGAAAGGGCCAAUUGGGAAAAUCAGAUACUCACCCAAUAUGAAGAAACACAUUGGCAUGAUUGCAGGCGGUACAGGAAUUACACCAAUGCUUCAAGUAAUUGAGGAAAUCCUAAAGAAUCCAGAUGAUAACACCCAGGUGUCACUGCUUUAUGCCAAUGUCUCCCCUGAUGACAUAUUGCUUAAGCAGAAGCUCGACUACCUAGCUACUCACCACCCGAACUUGAAGAUUUUCUACACUGUGGACAAUCCAACCAAGAGCUGGAAGGGAGGCGUAGGUUACGUAUCAAAAGACAUGGCUCUGAAAGGCCUGCCUGCUCCUGGGGAUGACACAAUCAUCCUAGUAUGCGGCCCUCCUGGGAUGAUGAAGCAGAUUUCAGGCGAGAAGGCGAAAGCCGAACAAGGAGAGUUGAGUGGCAUCCUCAAAGAACUGGGAUACACAGAGGAAAUGGUGUACAAGUUCUAAGGAUCUCAAUACUCUGCAGCUUACAAGAUCCAAACAAAGCACCCGCUGAUCUGCACUCUCCAUCUUGCUGACUUUCCAGCUCAGUAUUCUUUCUAUUGUUUUCUGCAUAUCUGAGAGGCAGAGAUGGAAGUGGAUAAAAGAACCACAAGUUUCGUGAGGCGAUAAUAAUUCUUGAGACGGGUUUCUUCCGGUCCAAGAAACCGUAGAACUUCUGCUUAGGUCGAUUAGGAGAGCUAGUGUCUUCUGGUUAGUUCUAUACAAGCAGAUUGGUAGUGAUGGAGUAGUACCUAUCACAAACACUUCACUAAAUUCCCCUGCUUAUGCAAUCUUAAGUAUGUUUAAUACCUCGUGAAAGAAGUAUUACGGUAAUGGCUGUUUUUGUUCGUUCAUUUGAGCGAGAUUUACAAUUGAGAAACUACUAAGAAUAAGUGGUGACUUCGGCUGGAUUUGAACAUGCUACGUAAGGGAUAUUGAAGGAGAGAUUGCUGGAUCGUCCAUUGUCGUCAGGAGGGAAAGGGCUUUUUGAUCUUCGGGAGCAAUUGAGGAAGCGGAAGGCUGGAGAUGGCAGCUGCUGUGUUUGUUGUCGAAGCGAGUGAUUUCGAAGGGCCGAAGAGCCUCGCUCAGAUCAGAGAAGAGAAGAAGGGCAGAGGAGCAAAAUGGUAAAGGCAAAAUGAGGAUGAAGAGAGUUGUGUGGACUGUGGAGUAGCGUAGUACAUGGUAGCCAUUACAGGAUUUUGAGGAUAGCUUAAUCAUGGUAGAAUUUUGCAGUUUACUACUGUAGAUGACAGAAUGAACUUGCUCCUUGGCAAUAGGGAAGUGAAGUAGGAAAACAUUAACAGCAUAGCAACUCCUUUGUUUUGUGAGGUUUUAGGUUUGCCUCAUCGCCAAAUCUCUUGGAAUCAAGUUUAGCUCAAACUCAAAGGACCCUUACUGGAUUAUCAUUUCAAUAUGAUUCGGUUACCAUUUUAAUGGGUGUUGACAGAU